AUCAACAGGUGGGAUGAUGCGGUGGGUUUUGAAGAGGAUGUUGAAGCACUUAAGAAAAUGCUGCUGCAUCGUGAAGAUGGCAAUUGGCAAAACUUAAUGUUCAUCUCCAUACUCGGGGAGAGUGGUGUGGGCAAGUACACCCUUGUAGACAAGAUCUUCUUUGAUCUGGCAGAAGACGACACCACAAAAAAACGAGAAAUUUUCGUGGGCGAAAGAAAUAACUUUGCUGUUAAAGUCUGGUACAUGAUGCCUCCAGGUUCCAGCACAGAACAUCUCCUCCGAAUUAUCUACGUGAGAGUAGAAAAGCAACUACUAAAAUGGCGAGCCAAAGGAGAUGCGGCAAUAGCAACAGAAGAUAUCCCUGACAGGAUCCGUGACCUCCUGGCAAAUAAAAGGUACAUAUUGGUUAUCAGUGGCGUCUCCUCCAAGGCCAUGCUCAACCGCCUGAGGGCGUGCUUGCCGGACGAUGCCUGUAAUGGCAGCCGGGUGGUCCUGGUGCUGGACAUCGAGAGCGAAGUGGUGGCACAGCGGGCCAACACCAUGAACGCCGGUGGCAUCAGCGGGAUCCAUCUGCUGAGACGCCUGGACCAAGAAAGGAGCGGGCGGUUGUUCUGCGCCAGGGCCUUCGCCAAACAAGUGCGACUGUCGCCUGAUUAUCCCGACGAGGAGAAGAAACUGACGAAAAUGUACAGCAGAGCUGUGCAUGCGAUAACAGGGGGCCACCCACUGGCCAUCGUGCUUCUGGCCGGGCUCCUCCGAUUCAAGGAGAGGCCGGGACAGUGGGAAGCUGUGCUGCAGGUGCAGCAGCUCAUGCCGCUGGAGGAGGAGGAGGAGGUGGUGGAGGAGCAGCGACCAGAUGGUGACGAUAACGACUUCAUUCCAUCGUCGGUGCGCCGCCUCUCGUCCUACAUCUCCGACGGCGGAUUCACCACUUUCGCCAACAAGUUCUCCAAGCUGCGUUCCUUCCUAUGCUGGGCCAGUGACGACUACAGCGCUACUGCAGGCGGAAGCAUUAAUACGGAUAAGAAUCUUGAUGAUCUCAAGUUCCUGCUUAGGUCCAAGUUCCUCCGUGUCAUCGAGAUCAAGGGGCUGAGGAUCAAGGAGCUGCCGGCUGAGAUCUGCGACAUGUUCCACCUGCGGUACCUUGGUGUUCACAGCCCGGGCCUCAAGAAGCUCCCACCCGCCAUUGCCAAGCUGAUCAACCUGCAGACACUGGACAUAAGGGGCACUGCAGUCAAGAAGAUCGACCCGUCCUUCUGGAACAUAAAGACGCUGCGCCAUGUCCUUGCCCAGGACCUCGAGCUUCCAGCGUCGUCGUCCAUCGUCCAACAGCUGGACGGCCUGCAGACGCUGCAGGGUGUCAGGCCUGCCGCCGAAGAAGAGGGGAGGCCUGCCGCCGAAGAAGAGGGGGACGGCCUGCAGACGCUGCAAGAUGUCAGGCCUGCCGCCGAAGAAGAGGGGAGGCCUGCCGCCGAAGAAGAGGGGGACGGCCUGCAGACGCUGCAGGGUGUCAGGCCUGCCGCCGAAGAAGGGGGGGACGGCCUGCAGACGCUGCAGGGUGUCAGGCCUGCCGCCGAAAAAGGGUGGAAUCAAGAGAAUUGUCCACUGCACAAGAUGACCCAGCUCCGCACACUGUGCCUGCACGGAAUCAAAGGCGACACGCACGGGGCUGAAUUGGGGGCUGCUCUCCUCAAGAUGCAUCUCCUACGCCACUUGGAGCUGUAUAGCUCUGCUCCGCAUGACCAGUUUCCUCCAUGCAUUUUCAAGGACCGGGGCCUUCAAAAUCUGGAGAGCGUAAAGCUGCUUGGCCGUGAUGCAUACUAUUUCCCUGAUGACGCUGCACCCAAUCUUCGUGUGCUCCGACCCAACCUCGCUUGGGUCGAUUUGAAGAUUGUGGUGCCUCAACCCAUCGAGGACGAGUUCAAAAAGCUGGGAGUGAGAGGUCAGUGGCUGAAGAUCAAUACAUCGUAUAAUUCAAGGAAGCAGUGA